GACUUUCCUCUAUUUCCCACCCUACAGGCUCAUCCAGCCCUAGCUGGUGUCAGACGGGUCCUGUGAACCUCUAGCAUGACUUGUAGUCAUGCCCUCCUGUUUACUUUCACUGCUCCUGUGACAGCUGAGCAUUUUAUAUCGACCUGGAUUGCCAUUAUUGUGACAAGCCAACCCUUUGCUUGUCACAUUAUCUGAGAUGAAGAACUAAGAUCGGCUUCCACUCCCCAGGAAUAUGAUUGAAAACAGCAUGUUUGAGGAAGAACCAGAUGUGGUGGAUUUAGCCAAAGAGCCUUGUUUACAUCCUUUAGAACCUGAUGAGGUGGAAUAUGAGCCCCGGGGUUCACGACUGCUGGUGCGGGGUCUCGGUGAGCAUGAGAUGGAUGAGGAUGAAGAGGAUUAUGAGUCAUCUGCAAAACUACUGGGCAUGUCCUUUAUGAACAGAAGCUCAGGCCUUCGGAACAGUGCAGCCGGCUACAGGCAGAACUCAGAAGGGACUUGUUCAGUACCUUCUGCAAGGACCAUGGUGGUCUGUGCUUUCAUCAUUUUGCUUGCCGUUUCUGUAAUAAUGGUGAUUUAUCUACUGCCCAGAUGUACCUUUACCAAAGAAGGCUGCCAUAAGAAAAACCAAUCAAUGGAACUAAUUCAGCCAAUUGCAACAAAUGGGAAGUUGUUUCCAUGGGCACAAAUCAGGCUUCCCACUGCCAUUAUGCCACUGCGCUAUGAACUUAACCUCCACCCAAACCUAACCUCAAUGACAUUCAAGGGUUCUGUGACGAUUUCGCUUCAGGCUCUUCAGUCCACAUGGAAUAUCAUUCUUCACAGCACGGGCCAUAAUAUUUCAAGAGUGACCUUUAUGUCAGCAGUUUCAAGCCAAGAAAGACAAGUUGAGGUCCUGGAAUACCCACUUCAUGAACAAAUCGCCAUUGUUGCCCCUGAAGCACUCCUUGAGGGGCACAACUAUACCUUGAAGAUAGAGUACUCAGCAAAUAUAUCUAGUUCUUACUAUGGAUUUUAUGGUAUCUCCUACACAGAUAAAAGUAAUAACAAAAAGUACUUUGCAGCAACUCAAUUUGAACCCCUGGCAGCAAGAUCUGCUUUUCCUUGUUUUGAUGAACCAGCAUUGAAAGCCACAUUUAUCAUCAAGAUCAUAAGAGAGAAGCAAUACACUGCUUUAUCAAAUAUGCCUAAGAAGUCAUCAGUCAAUGUGAAAGAUGGACUUGUUCAGGAUGAAUUUUUCGAAAGUGUGAAGAUGAGCACUUACCUGGUUGCUUUCAUUGUGGGGGAGAUGAAGAAUCUGAGUCAGGACAUAAAUGGAACCCUGGUUUCUAUAUAUUCUGUACCAGAAAAGAUUGAUCAAGUUCAUCAUGCCUUUGAAACAACUGUGAAACUUCUUGAGUUUUAUCAAAACUACUUUGAAAUUCAAUACCCACUUAAGAAAUUAGAUUUGGUGGCUAUUCCUGACUUUGAAGCAGGAGCAAUGGAAAAUUGGGGUUUGCUUACCUUCCGAGAAGAGACACUUCUAUAUGACAGUAAUACUUCUUCAAUGGCGGAUAGAGAACUGGUUACUAAAGUCAUUGCUCAUGAGCUGGCCCAUCAGUGGUUUGGUAAUCUGGUAACAAUGCAGUGGUGGAAUGAUCUAUGGCUCAAUGAAGGUUUGGCUACUUUCAUGGAGUAUUUCUCUUUGGAAAAGAUAUUCAAAGAGCUGUCCAGUUAUGAAGAUUUCUUAGAUGCUCGAUUUAAAACUAUGAAGAAAGAUUCCUUGAAUUCAUCUCAUCCAAUAUCAUCAUCUGUUCAAUCUUCAGAACAGAUUGAAGAAAUGUUUGAUUCUCUUUCCUAUUUUAAGGGAGCUUCUCUCUUGUUGAUGCUGAAAACUUAUCUUGGUGAAGAUGUAUUUCGGCGUGCUCUUGUUCUUUACCUGCAUAAUCAUAGCUAUGCAUCCAUUCAAAGUGAUGAUCUGUGGGACAGUUUUAAUGAGGUCACAAACAAAACACUAGAUGUAAAGAAAAUGAUGAAAACCUGGACCCUGCAGAAAGGAUUUCCUUUAGUGACUGUCCAAAGAAAAGGAACAGAGCUUCUUAUAAAACAAGAAAGAUUCUUUUUAAAUAUGAAGGCUGAAAUUCAGCCUUCAGAUGCAAGCUAUCUGUGGCAUAUUCCACUAUCCUUUGUCACUGAGGGAAGAAAUUUUUCAAGACACCAAUUGGUAUCAUUUCUGGACAAGAAAUCAGAUGUCAUCAAUCUCACAGAAGAAGUUCAGUGGAUCAAAGUCAAUACAGACAUGAGUGGCUAUUAUAUAGUACAUUAUGCAAAUGAUGACUGGGAUGCAAUAAUCAAACAGUUGAAAAUAAAUCCUUAUGUUCUGAGUGACAAAGACCGAGCCAACCUCAUCAACAACAUCUUUGAACUUGCAGGCCUAGGAAGAGUGCCUCUUCAGAAGGCCUUCGAUUUGAUUGGUUACCUUGGAAAUGAGACCUAUACUGCACCCAUCACUGAAACCCUGUUCCAGACAGGCCUCAUCUACAACCUCCUUGAAAAACUAGGAUACAUGGAUCUGGCCUCAAGAUUGGUGACCAGGGUAUUUAAAUUGCUUCAAAACCAAAUUCAACAGCAAAAUUGGACUGAUGACGGCACCCCAUCUGCUCGAGAGCUGCGGUCCGCCUUGCUGGAAUUUGCUUGCACCCACAACCUGGAGGACUGCAGCAACACUGCCAUGAAGCUGUUCGACAGCUGGAGGGAAUCCAACGGAACUCUGAGCCUACCUACUGAUGUCAUGACUGCUGUGUUCAAAGUUGGAGCAAGAACUGAGAAAGGCUGGUUGUUCCUCUUGAGCAAGUAUACCUCUCUAGGCUCUGAAGCAGAGAAGAAUAAAAUACUCGAAGCUCUUGCGAGCUCAGAGGAUGUACGGAAACUUUACUGGUUAAUGAAAACUAGCCUCAGUGGAGAUACCAUCCGAACACAAAAGCUGUCGUUUGUCAUUAGAACGGUGGGCCGACAUUUUCCUGGUCACUUACUGGCAUGGGAUUUUGUCAAAGAGAACUGGAAUAAGCUCGUACAGAAGUUCCAUCUCGGUUCCUAUACCAUUCAAAGUAUUGUUGCUGGAUCAACUCACCUGUUUUCAACAAAGGUGCACUUGUCAGAGGUCCAGACGUUCUUUGAAAGUCAGUCAGAGGCAACCUUUCAGCUUCGUUGUGUCCAGGAGGCUUUGGAAAUCAUUCACUUGAAUAUCCAGUGGAUGGAGAAGAACCUUAAAACUCUGACAUGGUGGCUGUAGCAUGCACAACGGCACUUCAUUUUGUCGCCCAUUCAGAGAUCUUGUCAACUUGGGCUCUGCUUGUUAACUUUUGCAAAAGCCAAGAUGAAGCCAACAAUCGCUGCUGAGUUGUGUGCACUCUUAGGAGUUCUAGUUAGCUCAGGGCCUGUCUGUAUUUUUCAUUGGUCUUUCCUGAAAUGUCUUUGGGCAGUACAUAUUUAUUACAAAAUUAUAUUUACCUGUAUGCCAACCAUCUACAAAAACAAUAAAUAUUUUUUCUAUUUUGAAGAUACCCAAAUGGGGAAUAAAAUCUGUUUUGGAAUUUUGUUCUAUUUCUCAGUACCCAUAAAGUACUGACCCAGUGAAACAAGGAAAGAGCUACCAUGGGAGGCACCAUCUUUGCAGGCUGCUGGCUCAUGAGCCAGUUGUUGCUUCUUGAUGAUAGAUGAUACUGAAUUUGGGAACAGCUUCAAAAGUAUGGCAAUGAAGUCGAUGAAGCCUGCGACUGUAGAGAGCUAAUCUCAGGUGUGCAGAUCUACUUUGAGUUGGGAUUUUGAUUAAUCCUUUAUUUCCUGGAAAUUUUCUAAACAAGAUCUAUAACUAUUAUAUUUUUUUCUGCAUAAUAGCCAGGUGCUACAGAAUUUUUAAAUUAUUGUUAUAUUGAAAAGCUAAAUAACAAGGCCAAAAGAUUCAAUUUCCCCAGUGUUUAACAUUUUCUUUUUCAUCUUUUAGGAAAAUGUUUCGAACCAAUAGCUUUAAUUAUCCUUAUUUUAUUCAUAAAUUUCAAUAUUCUCCAAAUCUGUACAUCUUUAUCACUCUCUGCCAUAAAUAUACUUUAUGUUAUAAAUAAGUAUUUCCACAGUUAUGGAAAACAUUUUUGUUAGUCCUAAUGUCUUUUAUCAUGACUUUACCACUGUUACUAAAAAUAUAGGUUGUUUCAAAUGCCUUUUGGCAUGACAGAUAAUAGACACCUUCUCUCUAAAUCAUACCCAUGUGUAGAUUUUCAUUUUAUGUGUUAGAGUAGCACAUUAGAAACAUUUUAAAGCAGGGCCUUUGAGAAAUUGAACAUUUUUGUUUGAAGUUCACCAUAGUACCUUAAAGGAAUGAGAGAAUGUGAGAUAGGAGUAACUUAAUUCAGGUUUAAUAUGGUGGGCUUUGAAUUUUUUCUACUAUCAAAUACAGUACUUUUCUUUAGUUGAAAAAUCAUAGCUUUGUUUUAUCAUGGCCAAACUAACAGAUUAAAAGGAAGGUCCAAAGAAAGAAAGAAAGAAAGAAGUCAAAACUGUAUGGCAUUUUUACUCCUAAAGGAGAAAUACUGUACUUGAAUUUUUUGAGCUCUGCGGACUUAUACCUAGAUUGUUGUAUUUCUUUGAUUUUUAGGAGGAAAGCUUUCUUCCUAAUAAUUCUUGUACUUUAUACUUUGUUUGAAAACAUCUUCUGUGUACAAAAAAAGGUAAUUACCUAUUUGCAAGCACUUAAAAACACUCCACAGAAUUAGACAAUGGGAAAGGUCACCAUUUUUUAUUCAGCAAGUGUAAAGUGAAAAUAUGUGGAAUUGUGUAUAAAAUUAUAUUUUAUUUUAUGAAAAUAUUUUUAUAUAACAAAAUUUAAAAGGCUGGCAAGCUGAAAGAUAGCCUUCUUUACUUCUGUGUGUUUUCACCCUAUUUAGUCUUUUCUAAACAUUUAUCUCUGUUUUAGAGUAGAAAAUACUAUAUCCUGAGAAUCACAGCAUCACCUAAAGAUGUCUUCUUGAAACUGGGGUAAUUGUAGGUCUAUUCCUUUUGUGCUUCAGUAAAUGAAUGAUAAUUUAGUUGAUAAUGAAAGUGAGUUUUUAUAUUUUUAGUGUGGGGAAAAAUACUCAACUUUUGAGGGUUUUUUUGUUGCUGGUUUUUUACCAUGUUAUAUUACUGAAUUCCACUUUGAUACAGAGUUUAAAUUUUGCUACUUCUCAAAAUCAGUUAAGAUGCUUCAGUUUUACCUGCCCAUCUUGACAUUGCUCCUAUAACACAUGUUAACUCUGCAUAUGGCAAAUCUUGUCUGGAAUCACAUCAUUUUUCCUGUGAGUGUGUGUGUGUGUGUGUGUGGAGUGAGGGGUGUUAUUAUUAUAAGUAAAACCUUAUCAAAACUUCAGCUAAAAAAGAGGUGACUCAUAAUCCAUUGCUAUCUUUGUGCUCAAAAGCUGUUCAUUCCCAUGAAACUGAUCCGUACCGCUUGUACUUGUAUUUGUGGGCCUCACCUCAGAUUAUUUGCAGUUUUAGUAGGUCUUACCUCAGAUUUUCCCACAGAGUUCCAUAAUUUUCAGUAUUAUGCUAACCCACCUGUAAGAGAUGUCUAUGAACUAAAUUAAGUCAAGAACAUAAGGUUAAGUAAUAGGUAAAACAUGUAGUAUAAUAAUAAAUAAAUAUAAUUGUAGCUUUUGAAGACUUUUUCCCCCAAAACUUUGUCUUCGCCACUGCAUCUGUGAGAACUCAGCCAGCUUGCAGCACAGCAGUCGGUCACAGGGUGCCUAUCAGUGUAAGCACAGAGGUCCACGGUGCAACUAAGUGCUUGUUUGACAAGUAUAUUCAUCGCCAAGAGACAGCCUACUGAAUGUAAUAUAAGACAUGUGUAGACUCUUAGGAAAGGUAGAAUGGGAUAUCUGGAAUUGAGGAAACACAAAAUAUGGUUUGCAGAUCUGAAAGGCUAUGAAAGUAGAAAUCUAAGGAGUCCAGUUUGUUCUGUUAAUAUGAAGUGAUUGGAUAUAUUAAACUGCAAGGAAUGUCGGCCUCCACCAUAAGCCUGCACCUUCCUCCAUCUUACUGUUUUAUGUCAAUCUCUGUAAGUGAAAUUCUGUUCUUUGCAUUGUUUCAGUGUUCAUGAACUUUCUUAGUAUCACAGGUUCCACUGAAGUAAUAUUCUUUGCCAUUCACGUUUUCAUUGUACUGUAUUUAGCCACUGGAGGAACAAAAGAGCCAGCUUAAGAGCCCUGGGUACGCAGAGGAUGUUGAGCUGCAUCAGCCUUACUGGGUACAGAAUAGAACCCUUUCUGAGUAUUGGAAAGUAAGAAAUGAAACUAACAGAUAGCCUGUUACUGAGUUGGAUUUUAAGAGUAUACUCAGACUAAAGCACCUGGAACCAUCAUCUGCAGUCAGAUUGCUGACUGUUCACAUAAUCCCUGUGCAUUUCAUGGGGCUUCAGGGAACCCAUGCAUCUCAGGAGAUGUUCGUCAGCAAGCACGGCCGUUCCUGGGCUAAGUUUGCAGAACGAGACCGGAAUUUCCUAGGUAUGAGGUAGCUCUUCACCCCUUUGCCUUUGUUUUUAUUGGAAUUAAUUCUCUUUUUAAAGAGUUUUCCCAUACCCCCAUCUGUAUUUUUUAAAACAAUGUAUGAUUUUUGCUGGUUUUUUGCAUUAUUUUAUUGUGUGCUUCAUUCUCUACAUUGGCAAGUAAGUACCAAAUGAAAAGUGGAGGUCCAAAAGUAUGAUAAAUCUCCUCUUAUCCCUUUCCCUUGUUGCCACAUGGGCAAUCGCUGGUAGAAUAGUUGACUGAUUUCUUUCAGCAGCUUUUGGGGGAUAUAUACUUUGAAAGUGUACAUAUGUGUUUUUGAUGUGUUUUUAUAUUCUUUCACUUUGUAUAUUUCGUCCUGAUGAAAAGUGAAAUAUUGUCCAUGAAAAUCUCUUCUGUCUUCCCAUUGUCUGUGGACAACAGCUAUAGAGUAGUUUUUUAUUUCCUGUUUCGGAAGGAGGUGGUAAUAUUGGGAGGAGAGCAGAGUAUGUUCUUUUAAAAAUGUGUACAAAUGUUUUUGCUGCUAUUUUGUGGGUGUUGUUUCCUUUUGUAUUUCAUUCAUCCAUCUCAUGGAUAUGAAGGUAUCUAAUGAACCAUAGAGGCCCAGAAGAAGGACAGAUGUCCUGUUUACUCCUCUCCUUACUGCCUACAUGGACAAUAACCGAUAGAACAGUUGUUGUUUUGAUCUCAUCUUAGGUGUAGGGGGAGAUCUGUAUCAUUCUUUCAAGUGUAUAUAAAUGUUAUACUACUUAUUUAUACUUCAUUUUAUACAUGUUCCUUUGCAUGGCUGCAUAGGUACUUAAUGAAAAUUGAGGUUCAGAGAAUGAUAGAUUUCCUCUUUUCCUUAUUGCCUCUUUGGACAGUAGCUAAUAGAGUAGUUUGUUUUGUUUGGUGGUGUAGGAGAGACUGAGGUAUGUACUUAAUGUAUAUAAAUAAAUUUGCUACUACUUUGUAUUAUUAAUUCAUUUUAUACAGUGUCCUCAUAGGAUGUUUAAGUAUCUAAUGAGAUGCGGAGGUCCGGAUGUAUGACAGUCUCCUGUGGUCCCCUUCCCUUAUUGCCUGUGUGGUGCAGUUGUUGGAGUGGAUUUAGGGGGUAGAGAAAGGCAGGCAGGGAUGUGUACUUACUGUAUAUACCUGUUUUUACUACUUUGUUGUGUUAUUUCAUUGGGUGCCCUGACUGGAAAGUACCUAAUGACCCAUGGAGGUCCAUAUGUAUAACAGUCUCCUCUUCUCCCCUUCCCGUAUUGCCGAUGUGGGCAAUGGCUGUUCGAGUACUUGAUUAGUUUCAGGGUUCUUUUGUGGGUAUUGGGAUAAAUACUUUUUACUUUUUUAUUAUAGUUUUCAUUGGGUGCCCAGUCCAUCACUUGGACGCGUAGGUUCCUAAUGAACCAUGGAGCUCUGGAUGUAUAGCAAUCUCCUAUUCUCCCUUUCCUCUUUUAUCUUUGUAGGCAAUAAUUUUAAAGUAGUUUGGGUUUUUUUAAGUUCUGGGGGAUGGGAAUGGACUAAGGGCUACAUAUAUCCUUUUUAAAACUGUAUAUACAGUGUUUGUGACUAUAUUGUGUUAUUGCAUUCUGUGCCCCGUCCCUUACUGGGACGUGUAGGUACUAAUGAGAUGUGGAGGUCCGGAUGUAUGAAAAUCUCCUCUUUCCCCUUUCCUACUGCCUCUGCGGGCAAUAGUUUUAGAGUAGUCUAGAUUACUUUUCACUCUACCACUCCUUCCCCUGAGAGGGUAGUGAUAUGUACUUUUAAAAAUGUAUAUAAAUGUGUUUUCUUUUUUGUUAUUUCAUUUUGUACCUAGACCUUUCUAUGGACACUUUAGGUACAUGAUGAAAAUUAAGGUUCAUUCUAUGAAAAACAUUUCCUCUUCUCCCCUUCCCUUAUUGCCUAUCUAGGCAAUGACUAGUGACAGUUGUUUAGAGGUUUGGGGGGUUUUGUUUGUUUGUUUGUUGUUUUGGCAGUGUUAUAAGGAAUUUCUGGAUUUUCAUUUUUUAAAUGUAUAUCAAUGUUUGCUCCUUUUUUGUUCUUUCCCUCCAAACCCGGUUUUCUGUUUGGACUUGCAGAUAUCCAGUGCAGUACAGAGGCCCAGAUUCAGAGGAGGGGUACAUCUUUUCUGUUACCCGGUAGCCUGUGUUCAUGGGCAGUAAUGUCAGAAUACUAUAGGGCUUGAGGUUUUUGUUUGUUUGUUUUUUGAGGUUUUAGUAAGGAAUUGGCUUGUUAGGCAUGAUAUGUAGUUUUUAAAUUAUAUAUAACUGUUUUGUCUCUUUGUGUUCACUUCAUUUUGAAUCUAGCUCUUUGCAUGACUAUUUAGGUACCUAAUGAAAGUUGAGAUUGAUUCUAUGAAAUAUCUCCCCUGUGCCCUUUCCCUCAUUGCCUGGUGGGCAAUGGUAGAAGAAUAAAUGUUUGGUUGCUUUUUUUGGAGAGGGAGGGGGGUGGGGGAGGUCUAUGCAUAUGGGUGUAUUUUUAAUGUAUAUAAAUGUUCGCUACAUUUGUGUAUUAUUUCAUUUAGUACUCAGUCCUUUGAUGGGACUUGUAGGUACACAAUGAAGCAUGGAGGUCCAGACCUAUGAUAAAUCUCUUCUGCCCCCUUCCCUCACUGCCGGCACAGGCAAUAAUUUUAUCAUUUGGGUUUUGUUUUGUUUUUUACCAGGAGGGAUUAUUUGGGUGGGUAGGGUUAUGGGAAAAGGACAGGGUAUGGACAUUAAUAUAUAAAUAUGUACAUGUUAUUUAUACACACACACACACACACACACACACACGUACAUGUUAAUGAUUUUGUACCUAGCCCUUUGCAUGGAUGUAUAGGUAUCCAGUGAAAACUUAGGAUCGGUGUAUGACAUCUCCCCUCUCCCUGGCCCUUAUUGCCUGUGUAGGCAUUAGUGACUAGAGUAGUUGUAUGUUGUUUACUGACUUGUUUGUUUUGGGGGGAUUUAUAUUUUUAGCAGGGGAAUAUUUUUAAUACAUAUAAAUAUGUUUUUAUUUCUUUGUUAUUUCAUUUGUAUCUAGUUCUUUGCAUGGCUAUUUAGGGACCUAAUGAAAAUUGAGUUUCAUGAAUCGACAGAUCAUUUCCUCUUUCCUGCUUACUUCCUCAUUUAGCAGGAGCUAGUACAGUUAUUUUGUGGUUAGUUUGUUGUAUUCUCUAGCAUAUAUGCCUUUAAAGAUGUAAAUAUAUACAUACUUACAUAAUUUUCUUUUUAAAAUAAACUUCCUUUACUUCUUAGUCCCUUAGAGAGCUCUGAAUGUACCUAGCAAAAUAAAGUUCCACCAAGUCUCUGCUGUGUGCCUUGAAGGUGCUGCACUGUGGUGAUGUCACUAGUGGCCAUGGGCAUGUGGCCAGUGAGGUGGGAAAGACACUUGGAUAUGGCUGUGAAAGCUGAUCAUGUCCAGCUUUCCUAUGCUGGUUCAGACCGAACGAAAUGCUGGGAAGGGCCCUGAACUCUGGAAAUUCCAGAAAGGCAAGAGGACAAUACUAAAUAAAAAGUAUAUUUAAAGUUUGUUGCUGAUUAAUUUUUCAGUGACUGGUAAGCCAAUUAAAGCCCCUUGAGAAGAACUUCCUUUGAGGAUUGGAAUUCUGAUUCAUCUAUAGAAGUCCGUUGCAGUUCCAUCAAUAGCAUAUUCUUGUGUACCCAGUGACAUUUCUUUUUAUUUUUUCUUAAGUGAAACUUUUGAGUUAUUGCCAUGGUUCUAAUGAAUGACAAAACAGGUUCAAAAACUAAUCCAAAAAGAAUUUGGGGGACAAGACCUUCUAUCUUUCAACACCCGCAUGUAUAUGGUGGGGCAGAUCGGUCCUUUUCCUACCCAGCGCUCUGGUGUGGCAGGCUCUCCCUCCUCAGUUCUGCACUAGCUGGACCAUUCCUGUUCCUUUUCCUUCUUUUCUUCAGUGCCUGCACCAUUAGAUGGUAUCUUCAAGUGCACUAAAAAGUGUAAGCCAGCGUCGCCUCGUCAGCUGUAUGUUUCUGCAUGCAUUUCAUACAUCCAGGCCUGUAUGUUCACUUUCAGCAUUCUCAAAUCAUAAUCACAUUGACUCUACAUCCUCUUCAUAGUAAAUAUUAUGACUCCAUAGUUGUCUGAUCAAAGAAAACGUGUAAGAUCCAUCCCUCCACCCCCCUCUUCCUCCCUUUCUUCCUCCCUUGCUUCCUUCCUUUGAGCUUCUGAGCAUCAUUGGUUGUAUGAUUUAUAAUGAAUAUAAUGGUGAAGAUUUGCCAUAUUAUUAUUACUUUUUUAGAAACAUUAAGUAAUAGGACUCCUAGAAAAGUUUUAGAGAUGUUAUUUACCAUAUCAAACUCUCAGGUUCUAGUGUUGAAAAAUUAGCCUAUACUUUGCUGUUACUUAUACCUGCUGCUGUAGAAAAAAUGAGAGCCUAUUCAUUACACAUUUAACUUUGAUCAUAAAUAAAAGAGAAGGGGGCACCUUUUUAGAGUUAGUCAUGGUAGUCAGUGAUAUUUCUGAACAGUUUUUAAUUUAAAGUACUUCAAAGAAAGUAAAGGUCAUGGCUUAGCUGACUGAAAUGCUCCAGAAGUUGAACUGUAUAAACCAUCAGUACAAUAAUACACCCAUGUGUGCGUGUGUGUGUGUAAUGAGAAUCACAUUAUAAUUGGAGCAUUUGCAUUAAUCAACAAAACUCACAUUGAGACAAAACUGAGUCUUACAGCUGUCUUGACUCAAGCCAAGUGUUCUGUGUUGCUGUGAAGAAUAGUCUCUUUCAAACCCUUUGGACUUGGAAACUUGUAGAGGUAUUACAGUUUUGUAUUUAAACACCUAUGGAGAUCUCCGAUUCUGGAAUCUGAGCUUGUGGGUGGAAUUCUAAAUUUAUAUCAGAAUCUGUCUUUUGUGGAAGAUUUUGAAAAUAGUAUGUGUAUAUAUAACAUUAUAUAUGCAGAUUGUGUUGUUGCUUGUAAAGGGAAAAAGGCUUUAUUUUCUUUAUACUUCUGAUAGCUUGUUUUGCAUAUGACCAGCACUGACUGA